CGGUCAGAGCUUAUUUUUUUCGGUUUGCUUCACAUAAAAAUUAUGAAAAUGCUAAUCAAAAUUCUUCAUUUUGUUUAUUUUCAAGAUUUACUUAUGUAAAUAAAUUUUUUAAACACUAAAUAUUGCUUAAAAAGGUUAUUUCUAACCAGUAUUUACCUGAAUACACAUACAUAUGUACAUGACAAUCUUUUUCCUGAAGCUUGUGGAUGUUGACAUAUAAAGUAAAUUUGCAUAUUUAGGGAAGAAAUCUAGUAUGAGAGUGUAGAUGAAUAUUGAAAUGUUAAAAUCAUUUAAUAUAUAUUUGUACAUACAUAUGUGUACAUGCAUACAUAUGUAUAUUGAAAGUUUAUAUAUUUAUUUUUAUUUACAUGAUAUAAUUCAAUAUUUCAACAUACAUAUUUAUAUUUAUAUUAUGUGUACAUGCAACACAUAUUUAAUUUUUGUUCAGUACAUUGAGACCAACUUGCUUAUCAACAAUCAAUUUAGUACGACUUUAGUAUGUUCCAUUGUCAUUACAUUCCGUUGUUUGGGAAGCCUGAACAUUGGCAUAAUAAACAAGUAAGUGCCAGUUCACACACGAACUCUUUUGUCGCCCAAACCGGUUUUUUGUAGGCGAGAGAAGUACGAGGAAAGACGUAGGGGCUGUGCCGUUCGUGCUAGGGUUCUUGUUCGUAACAGCUCGCUGCUACCCUUUUCAGCAUUUCUUUUCAUUUUGAAAUUCUUUUCAUGGUUGCAACAGCGCUUGAUUUCAAAUGAAUAUAUAUAUGUCUAUCACAUGCAUUGUAAUUCCUUGCCAGCAAAAUGUGACACAAUAUAAUACAAUACGCUCUAAGUGUCUCGAGUUUUUAGACUCUUUUUCGCUCGUGAGUGAAUUUGUCGAUGAUGAGCGACAAAAGAGUCCCCAUGUAAACGCGAUCUCAUGAGAAAAGGGCAGCCAUGUUUAUUUUGUACCGUUCCGGUUCGUUCCACACCCAUUUCACCUUAACAAAUACCAGCGCAGAUACGCGGAGUAGGCGAAUACAAACACUGAGCUAAAAUACACACCGAUAAAAAUUGUAUUGUAGAUGGUUAGUACGGGGAUGGAUGAAACAAUUCAAAAUAUCAUUGUGUGUGUGUGUUAUUUUCGUUGCCUGUCCACCGUCAGUCAAUUCUGGCUAUGUACAGUUGUUUUUGUAGCUUGCCUACACACAGUAGAAUGAAUACAUAUAAAUGUAUAUGUAUUGUUUACUCAUAUGUUUGUACAAUGGAUUUCACUUUGCGUCGUGAAACCUCGGCAUAGUAUACCAAAAAGUUUCUAUAGAUGUAUACUUCUCAGUGUUGCCACAUCUAAUAGCUUAAUUAAAUAAUUUAUAACUUCGGAGCGGUCUCAAAUCUGCGUUAAUGCAAGGCAUCGAUCUGGUCCCAACCACUUAAUCUGGUCAAUAUAGACAUUCAAGGUUACAUAAAGUUGUUAUAUGCGAUUUUACGUUAGCUAUGAUGUAGUGUGCUUAGCGGUACAUUUUUUACAACUUCUAGAAUCUUUAUAUCUCGGAUAUGGUGGCUUUUAGGAAAAAAUUAUUCAGACAUUUUUAAAGAUACUUUUUUGAUCUACAAUUUUUGUCCAAAGUAACAUUUUGACGCAAAAUAGCAAAAUGUUUUUGACCUGUGACCUCGAGUACUUUUUUUCACGUAUCUGAACGCUGAGGAUCUUAGUACUGUUAUUUUUAAUCAUAUUUCGAAAAUAUUCCUUAACUUUCAGCUUGUUGAAAAUUAUCUAACUUCACUCUUAUUUUCAAGUAAACUUAACAAAUCGGUAAUUACCAGUAAUUUCCAAGUUUUUAAUCUUACCAAUACGGCUAUAGAUAACCUUUCAUUAAACAUAAUUUAGGCGCAAAUUAAAGUAGACUGGAACUGAGCUUUCGAUGACUUUAGAAUAACUUUUGAAAUCAUCUAAAAGUUUGAGAACAAACAAAAUUUUGUCAACAUUAUUUACUCUUUGUGAAUUAAUUCGCGCUUUAUGGCAGCACAAAUACGAGCACUGGUUUCUACGCACCCGAAUGGCCUUUGUUUGUGUAUAGCCCAUGGCCAGAUGAUUUCGUUUUCGGUUCGUUCGGUGCGAAAUCAAUUUGUGACUGGCUGCAACUAUGUGACAGGGUAGGCUCUGGCUCAAGCUGAUUUAGUUUAUGUUUGGCAACAAUUGAAUAAAGUACCAACAGUUUUUGGUAAUCUGCCUGUAGUUUAUGUAUUAUGUGUAACGUGAAAUCAAACUGUAGCAAAGUGUCUAAGCAUUUAACAAAAUAAAAUAACUAAAUAAAAAUUAAUGAUUUUAAACAUUUUAAAAUGUUUUAAAGCCGUAUUAAGCAACAUACUAUAUAAAGCUUUGUAAACAAUGAAAAUGGCUUUGUAAUUUUGAACAUUCAUUUGCAAUAUGAGCAAGUUAUCAUGAAAAAUCGAUAACUCCAAAAAAAACUUUAUUGUGUAAGAAAAUAAGUUGUUGUAAAACGACAGUAAUAAAACACAACCAAGAUGUCUUCGUGAAGCAAGAAAAUAAAAAAUUCUUUGUUUCACCAACCAUAUUGAAAGAACUGGACGGUGAGGGAAAACUAAAUUCCGCAAAAGUAAAACACCAAGAAAAUAUAUAUUUUUCUUUUAAAACAAUUGCAUUUCGUCACUCGUAUUUUUUUGCGAAAGUUGAAAUUUUUGUGAUAACUUUGUAAAAGUACAAAUUAGUGGUAGAAAAAAAACAGAGAGCUCUUAGACUAAUAACAAACGUAAAUUAAAUGUUAAGUAACACAAACAACGUUACAAUAAGUACCAACAAGUUUUUUUUAGUGCAAUAGCGAAAUUUUUUCUACACAUUUAAAUAAAAUCUUAACUGAUACAACAUUCCUGCGCAACAUAAACCAAAAUGGCUGUCAAAAUAACGUAAGUUUUCUAGAUAAAAAGGAUAUACAAGUAUUUAAAGAGAGAGAGAGAGAAGCUAGUGACUACUUCUCUGACGCAUAUUUUUCUAAAAUUCUGUACAAGAAUCGAAGUUAUUCGAGUACAUAAAUAGUGUUUCAACACACACAUAAACAAAUUAUUAAUAAAUAAAAUCAAAUUAAGAAAGCGCAAGUGUUUAUUAUCGUAAAAAAGCUGCGAAGCUCACAUAAUAAAUCUAAUCGUGCUUUUUGUAUCUACUUUAAUUCUGUUCAAAGUAUUUAAUAGUUACUUUGACUACAUUUUAUUAAAGGGACAUAUUUUUUAUUUAAUAUAAUUUCAAAAAUCUUUGAGGGUUUUGUUUGUUUGUUGCUUGCAAAUUGUCUAUUUUCCUCCAUCUAAAAAAUAGAGGAAAGGAAUUGUACGAAGGUCCCUUGUACGCAAAAGUAGUUCAGCAGCAGCAUUUAGAACGUUCUCAGCAACUGUUCUCAGCGUAUGCGAGCAGCUCCACUACUGUCAUUGUGACCGGUGUGUACGACACAAGUAGCAAGCAAUAAAUUUUAUUUUCGGUCUGUAAGAAUAACUAAAUUGUGCAGUUUUGCAUUCAAUUGCAAAGGUAAAAACCACAUUACCACAUAUUAUCAAAAGAGAGAGCGGAGAGAGCGUGAAAGUUCCAUUUCGUUAAAAUUUUUACAAAAAGUGGUUUUUGUGGCGCAUUUUAGUUUCUUACUUUGGUGUUUUCUUGGAGAAUUUGUAUUGCUGCAAGCAAGCGAACUAUUUUCGUCUGUAAAGUGUGAAAAUUCGAAAGAGAGAAAAUUUUAAGCUAUAGAUUGAGAGAACCCACUCAUAGAGAAGACGAGAAAUCGCUUUUGUGGUGCUUCUCGUUGAUAUCGCCAUAUUCACCUACCACAGAAAAGGUAGUGUAAGCUUAAAAUAUCAAUCCAAAUCAAAUUCUCCACUUGUGGCUGAAAAUAAAAUCAAACAAAUUUUUUUUUGUUGGCCUAUUACCAAAACAACUACGACAAUAAGAAGAAGUCAGAGACAAAGGCUAAAGAGACGCGCAUUUUUGAGCAUUGCAAUUUUACAAAAACCAAAACAUUUGUAACGUUAAUUUCAAUCUCUUAAACCAAACAACAAAUUCAAUUCACAAAACUAGGUACUAGGCCAGCCCUCACAAUGUCUGUCCCUGUACGCUACUCUGCUGCCGCCAAUUACGCCGUCGUUGAUAGUGGUUUGUCAAAUACUCUACAACAAGAAGAGCAAUACCACCAACACCAACAGCAACAACAACAACAACAGCAUCAACAGCAGUUGUAUUGUCAAUUUGUCGCUAACGUCAACGCCAACGCCAACGCUAACGUCAACGUCAACAACAUCAAUUUGAGUUUGGGCGAGUGCAAUAACUUCGUGAACGGCAAUAUAAACGGUUUUGACGUGCAGCAGCAGUUGAUGCAGCAGCGUUCAUCGAUGUCGUCGUCGGUUUCGCCAAUAACUGGAUUACCCGCCAACAUCAACAACAACAUCAACAUCAACCAUCACCAUCAUCAUCAGACUUCACCUUUAAACAUGGACAAUAUGAAUAUCAAUAAUAUUGAUGUCCUGCAAGAGGAGGAAGAGGAUCAUCCGUUGCAUUAUCAUCAGCAUCAUUUCGAUAAUCAGUCGGCAUGCGAGCAAUCGGAAUUGCCGUCAAAUAGUAUGAUGGGCGGAGAGACAAUGGCGGAAGCUAUGAACUCAACGAUGUUGGCGGCAGCAGUAGCGAAUGGAAGCGGUAUUGCAGCAAUGCAUACUGUGGAUUUAGAUGUGGAUGAGUGGAGGAUGUCUGACGAGGGCCGGUAUGGGACACCGGGUGCUGCUGGCUUGGAAUAUCAAAAAUAUGAGCUAGAACAACAACAACAACAACAACAAACACCUGCUAACAUAAACCAACCACUGGAGUCUUCGUUUAUGGACAAUGAUAAUAGAAAUAUGAAGAUGAACAACAACGUCAAUAAAACUGGCAACAACAGCAGCACUACCAACACCGAUCCCAAUAGCGCCAAUGAUGCCCCAAAUUCAAAUAAGAAGGAGAAUGAAUUAAACGGUUUGUCAUCCGAAGAACUGUAUCGUAUGUUGAACGAAUACAAUGUGUUGCAGGAUAAAUACCACACUGUAUUGCUGAUGCCGAGAGAAUCCAAGCGUGAAGUGACGGCUGGUGGACGUGAUGGCUCCGCGUAUGUUUUACGUUGCCUUAAAAUGUGGUAUGAGCUGCCCUCCGAUGUGCUAUUCUCAGCAAUGAGCCUUGUGGAUCGCUUCCUUGAUCGCAUGGCUGUGAAGCCGAAGCAUAUGGCCUGCAUGAGUGUUGCCUCAUUUCACUUGGCUAUCAGGCAGCUAGGAUUAAAACCGAUACCCGCGGAAGAAUUAGUUACUAUUUCACAGUGUGGUUGCACUGCUGGUGAUUUAGAGCGUAUGGCUGGUGUUAUCGCCAAUAAAUUGGGCGUUCAAAUGGGCACCACCCCGGUCACUGCUGUCACCAUUCUGCGCGUUUUCUACGCCCUUUUCCGUAAUUUGGCAAAGGAGGUAUGCGCUGAAUUCUAUGAAUUCUAUCAACGUAUGAUCAAGUUGGAAGACUUAGAAAAUCGUUUGGAAAAUUUGCUAUGCGAUGUCAAGACGACAGUUAUAGCACCAUCAACAUUGGCAUUAAUACUGAUGUGUCUACAUUUGGAUUUCCAUAUUAAGGCGUCCUAUAAACGCGAACGGCCCGAAUUAAAACCCGUAUUCGAGUAUAUACUUUUCCUGCAGCAAUAUUUGCGGAUUCCCGAUCGCGUAUUCAGCUGUGGCUUUUCCAUUGUGGCUGAGAUCCUGUCUCACUACAAUGGUCAAAAUAAGCAGCCCUACAAGCAACGCUUGGUUUGGAAAUUGUCCAGCCGUACACUGAAAGUAUUGCGUCCAACCAAUCGUUUUUCAACGGAUCUACCCACCAUCGAUGAAGGCCAAGCGAAUGUCAUGGAUGAGGGCUGUCGUUCAAGAACUGAAAGCAUUAGCUCUGAGGAGGAGGAGGACUGGCCCACAUCACCCAUUAUUCCGAUCUUUGAACAGUGUUAGUACAGUACACGCGCAUAAGAGGUUGCGAUCAGAACAUCAGAUUUUUGCUUACGAACUCAAAAAAUAACUGCAGGAUAUUUUUUUUCGGUUAGAGAGUUGGAGUAGAGGAGUACGCAAAAAAAAGGGGAAAAGCAAAAGAUAUUGUUUCACAUGGAGGCGCAUUGUUGUUGAACGAAUUGCAAUUAAGAGAUUACAAUGAAAUGCAAUACGAUGUUGAAAAGCUCGAGAGCAGCAACAUGAGUUAGUAAAGCAACAACACCAACAACAUAUCCUGCAUAAAAGCAAGAAACAAGAGAUAUUUUGCUUUUUGAAAAGAAAAAAAUAUUUAUAGUAAACAACAAGGAGUAAAUGUCAAAUCCGUAAGCGAGGAAUCAACAGUUUUAAAGGAGAACAAAAAUUAUCAAAAUAAUAAUAUAUAUUUUUUUUUAAACUAUAACACCCAGCUCCCGACUCUGCGAUGUGUGUAUAUUUUGCUAUGCAUCAUAAUUACGAAAGAAUUCUUAUUUGUUUUAGUAUAUGUAUAUACGUACGAUAGUAGAAAUGUUUAGAGAGGAAAAACAAAAACAAAAAAUAUGUGGGUUAGAAGGCGCAUAUGUAAGACCACGACCAGUGAGACAUAUAGAAAGGUGCGUAUAUAUAGGGAAGAUGUUUAAUUCUAUUUCGAAACUUAAGAAAAAAAAAAACAAAAACAAAAAAAUUUAAAAACAUAAAUAUGAAAAAAAAAUCAAAAAGCAAACAAAAAAAAAACUAAAUAAAUGUUGCGGACCAUCAUACCAAGGAUUGAUGCCGUUCCGAUGCAUUUUUUUCAAGGAACCGUAGAAGUGAGUAGUGAAAAAUUCUUGGCAGAAUAAAAAUUCACAGCGAAUCCUUCGAAAAUAUUUCGUUUUAAACGAACUAAUUAAGAUAACACCUUGUACAUUUGUUAAGUAUUUCAGUUGUACGGAUCAUGCUAAAAGUAUUGCGCAUGCGCGCACAACGGAAAUGCCUACAAAUUGCUGUUGAUGAGAUGAGCAUGUGUCUUAUUCCAUCAAGACAUUGCAUUUGGGUUCGCUCACACAAAAAAUAUUCCAAAACAUUUAUAAAGAAAACAAAAAGUUUAUAAAAAAAAA